AUGGAAUCUAAGCCUGGGACCUGCGGCGAGGGAUGCAUGGCCCCACAGAGACAGGGUCGCGAGCAGCCCCCCGGCGUCAUGGCGAGGACGCGCGGGGUAGCCGGAGGCGGAAGCCGAAGGAAGGCCUUACUCCUACAUGCGGGGCUCUGUAGGAGAGAACCAAAAACUUCCCUAGCUACUCGUGGGAAUUUAAUGGAUAAAAACACAAAUAUGAAGGAUGAUAGCGAUCAAGAAAGAAGCGAAAUCGGAACAAAUACCAUAGCAGGUGGCAAAGUGGUACAAGAUGAAGGUAGCAAGGACAACAACGAGGACAAACCGAUAGAUAAAGGGGAACCGGCUGAGAACAGAUAUGAAACGCGUGGCAUGGUUACUGAACCAAGCGGCGAAAUGAAGAUAGAUAGACUAUCAACAACUCAGGAUAGUCCGGAAAAAUGGCUGACAAACCUGACUGCUUUGGGUGAUAUCGAGUUAUCGGAGAGUGAAGUGUUUGGUAGAAGAGGGUCGAUACCAAGGAGCCCACCCUGCAGGAUGACUCAGAACGAAUGGGACACAAGCUCACUCCAAAAGUUGGCAGAUGACCCGGAGAAUGAACCACCCACUAGUACCAAGACUGAAGGGAAUACAAGAUCAAAGAAAAGACCCAGAAUGGAGGUGAAGUCACCCGAUAACGAGAACGAUAACGAGAACGAAUGGGUUUUCGUGAGCGAAAGGAAGGAAGUAAGGGAAAGAUCAAACUCCCUACCAACAAUUACCAAAACCGGGGAGGACCAGGGCGAACCUGACGAACACGUGAAGACCCUCUACCGGCUGAUCGAAAAAGUUGAAGAACUAAAGAAGAUAAUUAGUGAAAACACGAACACGAAAAGGGAGGUCAAGACCAUCAGCAAACAGCUCUCGAGGAUGUCAGAGACUCUUAAAGUACAAAUGACAACGUACACACCCAUAAAGAAACCGCAAACCUGCGAGAUGGGAACACAGACCGUAGAGGUAGAGGCCCAAAAAACGGACACGGCAACACAGGUCGGAGGGGAUAGAAAGGUGACCAAGGAAGAGGUCGACGAGGAAGGAAUUAAGGGGACAUGGGAGAGCACUAAAGAGCUGUGCGGGCAAGAAUGGGAUAGGGGAGCCUACGCGACAAAGAUCUAUAGAGGUAAUCCCGCCUCCCUGCCAGGAGAUGCGGAUACGAUAGUUCUCUUCGAUCCAGAAGAUAAAGCGGAUGGAAUGAAGAUCACAGAUGUACAGAUCAUCCGCGAGGUAAUCCAGAUGCAGAAAAUCGGAAAAGGGGCGGUAGCUAAGCUACAGAACAAGAGGGAACUUACGAUAGAUGGACAGGUUUUAACCAAAACGCAAGGAAGGGCAGUAUACUUGGCGGGGAUUAGCCGUCACGAGGAGGACGAUUACUCCCUUUUUAAGGAACUACGAAAGAGACUACAGGAGGAUGGAAGCGAAAGGGCUGUAAUUAUUGCGGACCCAAAGAUGCUUAACUUAAGAUUUCGCAAACUAGUGGAGUGUGCCCUCAGGGGGGCAAUAAAAGAGAUAGCUUUGUACGACAUGGGUUCCCAGUUGGCGGAGGAGGGAGAGAAGUGGACGGCUAUACUUAAAAGUAGGAAAAAAGUGCCGGCGAUUGUGAUAUCAAAUAAAAAUAAAUCGUAUGAGGAUAUUCUCAGGGACCUGAAAUCCAAGAUUGCUGGGGACAGGGUGCCCGAAGGAAUCAGAGCGAUAAAGAGGUCGAGAGCAGGGGACCUCAUCGUCCAGCUCGAGGACGAAGCGAGUACCAGGGCACUAAAGGAAGAGAUUGGGGGUAGCAUGGAAGGGGCAGAUGUUAAGAUAAUGAAGGGCAAUAAAACAUUAAUACACAUCUACGACCUAGAUGCAGUGACAACGGAUACCGAGGUGAUCACCGCAAUAGAGGGUUAUACGGGAAAGGACACAGCAGAGGUUAAAUCUCUAAGGCCUAUGGAGGGUGGCAGACAGGUGGCCACAGUGGAGGUCGAGGAGGAGGCGGCACUUAAUUUGCUGAACCAGCAGUCCAUUAAAUAGGACUCACGCGCUUUAGGAUUAAGGAACGGGUGGACAUCAAUAGAUGCUACACGUGCGGCAGCAUAAAUCACAUCGCCAAGGACUGUAAAGAGGCACCUAUAGGGGACAAAUGCAGGAAAUGUGGGGGGAGUGGACAUAAGGCCGCUGAAUGCACGUCUGGAAAAGUGUACUGCUGGACUUGUAAGUCUGACGACCAUCGAAAUGCCAGCUUUAAGUGCCCGGUGUUCAAGAACGCCGUAAAGCGGGGUGAGAGAAGGGGACGCCCGUGACUGUGUGAUAUUUUAACACUUAGCUGUGAUAACCGACUGUGAUAUUCGACUGUGAUAAUUAACUGUGAUAAGUAAAUAUUAUUAAAACUUUAGUGAUUUAUUUUCUUUUUUUUCAAAAAUGGUGCUUAAGGUGCUACAAAUUAAUACCGACCGGAGAAAGAACGCCCAUGACAUGGCUAAUAACAUGGCAACAAUAAAUAGCACGGACAUAAUUCUGAUCCAGGAACCAAAUCUAGGCCAGACCACAAAGGACCUAAAAUGGAUUAUCGAUAAGGAUAAGGUGGUAGCAACCAGAAUAGUAAACAGGACGUGUGGCGUUAAAUCACACCACUGCGGACGAGGUUUUAUCAUGCUGGAUUUUGGAACAUGGACCAUGUACAACUGCUACAUUUCUCCAAACGUAAAUUUAGAUACGUAUACAUCGUUCAUUGACAGAAUAAUGGAACACAUUAGGGACGGGGAUAAGGAAGUAGUGGUAGCAGGAGACUUUAACUCGAAGUCUCCUCUCUGGGGGUCACAAACCCGGGACUCUCGAGGAGAAUAUCUAGAGGAGUGGUUACAGUCACUGGAACUGACAAUGAUUAACGAUGGUAGAGUACCCACUUUCGCUCGGAGACACCAGACGUCCUUUUUGGACUUGACUUUUUGCUCCAGGAAACUUGUGCCGAAGGUAACGGAAUGGGAGGUCCACCCAGAUAAAGAGUCGCUUAGUUUGCACCGGUAUAUAACCUUCAACGUAACCGAUGGAACAAAUAAGAAGAGAAGCGGGGUACAGGGAGGAUUUUUCUUGGACAAGGAAGCGCUGAGAGAUUCACUGAGAACAGUAGUCACGGAGGACAUGGACGUGGAUGAUAUCACGUUAGCUAUGAAAGAAGCACAAAAGGCCUAUUGUAGAACUAGAACAACAAAUCGGAAACAGCCCUUCUGGUGGAAUGAAGAGGUUCAAAGGUACAGAGAUGAAUGUGUACACUUCAGAAGGAGGCUGACAAGGGAACGGGCAAGGAGGGUUCGAAACGACGUAAUGGGUGUUCUCGAAUCAGAGUAUAAAGUAACCAGGAAAAAUCUUAGGAACAGUAUAAAAAAAUCAAAAAAAACCUCAUGGAUGGAGCUAUGCGAUGAACUGGACAACGACCCCUGGGGAACCGGCUACCGGAUUGUAACAAAUAAGUUCAAGCACCUUCUCGAACCAUACGAGCUACCAGAUGAACAAAAAAUUAAAAAAACCAAGGAACUUUUUCCGAGAACGAGGGAUGCUCCGAUCCCUGGAAAAAUCCGAUGUCCGAAACCACCACCUUUUAGUGCCGAUGAACUGAGAAACGCCGUGAAAAAAUUAAAGACCAAAAAAGCCCCAGGGCCUGACGGCAUUCUGGCAGAAACCAUAAAGAUAACGGCUGAAGAGUUCCCGUCGAAAAUACUGAACAUGAUGAACGGCAUACUGGAGACCCAGGAACUUCCUACCAGGUGGAAAAAAGCAAAGGUAGUGCUGAUCCCCAAGGGUGACAUGGGUGCCGAGAUUAAGAAGUACAGGCCUAUAUGUCUAAUCGACUGCAUGGUCAAGCUUUUAGAACACCUGAUUAAGGUAAGACUAUCCGAUGAAUUAGCAGCGAGGGAUGCCCUAUCUGACAGGCAGUUUGGGUUCCGCGAAGGAAGAUCCACGGUCCAGGCAAUCGAAUACGUCGUCAAGGAGGCAACAGACCUGAGAUGGACGUGGGGGGCAGUAAUAUUCAUUGAUAUAAAGAACGCCUUCAACACGGCUAAAUGGAGUAGGAUCAUGGAUACAUUAAGGGAAAUAGGAGUGAGUGAAUAUAUUCAGAACAUCGUUGGAAAUUACUUCAAGGAAAGAGCCCUAAUGGUCGGGAAAGAGACUCUGGAUAUGUGUCAGGGGGUUCCACAGGGAUCAGUUCUUGGACCAAUACUGUGGAACGUAGUGUACAAUGGUGUACUGAACCUGGUCCUACCGGAGGGAUGUACGACGGCGGCUUUCGCUGACGACUUUGCGGCAAUAAUACGGGCAGAUACAAAACAGGACCUAAUUGAGAAUGCCGAGGACGCUGUAAAUAUCAUAUGUCGAUGGAUUGAGAGUCAGGGCCUAGAAAUAGCACCCGAAAAGACCGAAGCAAUAGUUCUGAAGGGACCCAGAAAGCGAGA